AUGCCUAGCGUUAUCCCCAGCAAUAUUCCAACUGUUCCAGCCGCAGCAAGCUCCAACCCAAGUUCUUCUCCGAGUUCCAACCCAAGCUCUACACCGAGUUCAUCUCCUAGCGUGCUCCCCAGCAGUAGCCCCAGUUCAUCUCCUAGCGUGCUUCCCAGCAGUAGCCCUAGUGACCUUCCGAGCAGCAUGCCAAGUGUUCUCCCCAGCAAUAUUCCAACUGUUCCAGCACCAAGCUCCACACCAAGUUCAUCUCCUAGCGUGCUCCCCAGCAGCAGCCCCAGUGCAGCUCCCAGUGAAUCAAGUGCUGCACCAAGCCAAUCAAGUGUAGCUCCUAGUCAGUCAAGUGCGGCUCCCAGCCAAUCAAGUGCAGCUCCCGGCCAAUCAAGUGCAGCACCCAGCAGCAGUCGCCGUUUUCUUCAAGCACCAGCCUCCACACCAAUUUCUUCUUUGAGUUCCAAUCCCAGCAUUGCUCUGAUUAGCAACCCAAGCUCUGCACCGAGCAACAGCAGUCCAGCAGCUGCAUGUGAUUCUAAGCAACAGGACAUGAAGUGUGAAGAAGGCAGCACCAGGCUUGUUGAGAACAGCAGCACAGAUCUAGCAACUUGCCAAAAGCUGUGUGACCACAAAGAUGGAUGUAAUUUCUACAGCUUUGCAGAAACAGGAGAGUUUGCAGGAGCUUGCAUGGGUUGUGGGUCUUCUUCCAAUGCCGAAUUUCAAGAAAACUUUGCCUUCUAUCCACUUGGUUGCAUUCCAACGUAG